AUGGCAUCGAGAGUGACACCGAUUCAGAAGAGCGUGAUGCCGUUUGAGGACUUCCUGAGGUGGAAGAAUCACGGCGAUAUUGAAGUGCGGUACGAUCGGUUCGUGAACGAUAAUGGGUAUGAGCAGCGCAUCACCCGUCUACCGUCAAGUUUGGGCAGCCAACAGAAAGGGUCUUCACAUACGGAAGCUGCAAAGCACCAAAGUGCGCCUGCACGGCUAGAGGGAACAUAUGAAGGCUUUAGCAUCGAAAGAACUACGAAAGCCAUCAUGAACGACGAGCCACUCGACAGCGUUGAGAACCAUGACUUUGUACUCGGUCCUCGCAGUAAUCUCGUGAGGCUGAGUCGCAAAGCUGCUGUGAAGCGGAACAGCACGAAACAGAGAAGGAUCGAGACUGAGAGACACGACAGCACGAUGCAGAGCACCCACGUCCGCGCGAAGACUUCUUCCAACGUUCCAGCUAUCCGAAUCAUUGGGAGCACGCCACCUAUGUUACGCCGCUUUAGCUUCGACGAAACACCGAGUGAGCUCUCGUUUAGCCUCAGCAAGCUCUCUAAUUCACCUGAUUUCGAAGAUGUUCCGCUCAGCCCUGUGGCCGGUCCAGAGCUCGUUAAAUCGCCUCAACCGCAGCUACCUGCCCAGGAACAGCAAAACCAUCGAGCGGCCAGGGAGGAGCGGGAGGAAAAUAUGGGAAACCAAGAAGUGGAGCAACAGCAACGCCAUGUUCCGACGACUUUUGAUCAGAUAUUGGGGGAGAAGAAGAUUCCUACCGCAUUGUUGUAG